AGGGUUUCUCGCCUCCCUAUUCGAGCGCCAACUAGACUACAAGCCUGCGCCCAGUCUCUCCAGCCGCACCUCUCUCCCCCCGGCACAGUUAGAGAGAUCACCACCAAGCUUCAGCGGAGAGUUCAACUGUCCAAGAGUUUGUUCAAGAUUAUAGAUUGGAGAGACAACUCCUAUCUCCGAGACAAAACCAAACUAAGAGUUAGGCUGGUGUUAUUGUUGGCAAAAAGGCUGUAAAUGGCGGCAACAGCUACAUAUCCACCUCCACCACCAUACUACAGGUUGUACAAGCAUUACAUUCAAAACCCUAAGUCGGCUCCGGAGCCGCCUCCUCUUAUUGAAGGCACUUAUGUCCUCUUCGGUGGCAGUUACACUACAGAUGAUGUCCUUCCGAGCUUGGAAGAACAGGGAGUUCGUCAGUUGUAUCCUAAAAGACCUAAUAUUGAUUUCAAGAAUGAACUGAGAACGCUUAACAGAGAACUCCAGCUGCAUAUUUUGGAGCUUGCUGAUGUUCUUAUAGAGCGGCCAUCACAAUAUGCAAGGAGGGUAGAAGACAUAUCUCUUAUAUUCAAGAACUUACACCACCUUCUCAAUUCAUUGCGUCCCCACCAGGCCAGAGCAACUCUAAUUCACAUGCUAGAACUUCAGAUACAACGCCGUAAAGAAGCUGUGGAGGAUAUUAAGAGGAGGAGAGAAGAAGCACAAAGACUUCUCAAGGAGGCUCUUGGAACAUUAGAUGGACAUUAGCAUCUGUGAAUAAUAUAUGCAUAUGUUGAUGACUGCAACCCCCAAACUCACAAAAAUGUUACAACUCAUGCAGUAAGUUUAUUAUUGGUUGAAAGCCCUGGAUUUAGGAUACAUUGGAGUUGUAGUUUGGCAAAUGACACGCAAAAUUAGUGGUGACAGUUUCAUUUGUAAUUCUCAAUAUUUGCAGUGCUUGUUAUGAGCAACUUUAGCCAGAUCCUCUACAUGGUAAGUGGGAUAUAUAUACCUGUGGGAUUGAUUUUGCAUUA